AUUUUAAAUGGCGAGGGAAUUGAAUUCAAUUAUUGAGAAGAAAAAGGCCCUCAAAAAGUCUGAUUUUCUCGUCCAUAGAUCGAUCUCUUUUUUGGGUUUGAAUCGAAAACCUCGGUUCUUGUUCAUUUCAUUGAAAUUGAAUAAAUAGAAAGAUGGGAUUAUGGGAAGCUUUUCUCAAUUGGCUGCGAAGUCUCUUUUUCAAGCAAGAAAUGGAGUUGUCUCUGAUAGGACUUCAGAAUGCUGGGAAAACAUCACUCGUAAAUGUUAUUGCAACUGGUGGAUAUAGUGAAGACAUGAUCCCAACAGUAGGAUUUAAUAUGAGGAAGGUAACAAAAGGGAAUGUCACAAUAAAGUUGUGGGAUCUUGGUGGUCAACCAAGGUUUCGCAGCAUGUGGGAGAGAUACUGCCGUGCAGUUUCAGCUAUUGUAUAUGUUGUGGAUGCUGCUGAUUUUGAUAAUUUAUCUGUUUCAAGAAGUGAACUUCAUGACCUUUUGAGUAAGCCCUCUUUGAACGGCAUUCCCUUGCUGGUGCUGGGGAAUAAAAUUGACAAAUCAGGAGCUUUGUCUAAACAAGACUUCACAGAACAAAUGGGGCUCAAAUCAAUUACUGACAGAGAAGUGUGUUGCUUCAUGAUAUCAUGCAAAAACUGCACCAACAUUGAUACUGUUAUAGAUUGGCUAGUAAAGCAUUCGAAAUCAAAGAAUUGAGUCAGUGUGACAAUUUUAAAUAGCUGAAUUUUCAGCUUUGUUGAAGUGGGAAUCUACUAUGUCUAACCGGGUUUUACAUUGAUGUCUGACCAUCAUCUUCAUUUUUCUGCAUGGCUUUAAUAUGUACCAGUAAUUUUGUUUGGGUUGACAUCCAGGUUUUGAUGACAUUCUUGUUGGGGUUGGGUUGGGUUGCAAACUGCAAACCGGUUUGAUUUUUUUGUGUACAGAUAUUAAAUUUGUGAUUAAUUUGCUACAUAUAUUGUGGUUUUGAGUGAAAUAAUGUUUUUUUUU